AUGAAUAUUGACGAAGCGAGUUCGGCGACUAACGUGACUCUACCUGUCCUCAGGGCGGCGCGGCGCACGGCGGGCAAAGUCGGACGGCUCGCCGUCAUCCUGAUGUGGGUGGGGCUUCGUUUCCACGUUCUCGGGUGCGAGCGGUCCGAGUGCGGGUCCGAGUCGACGGAGCCGGAAGGCGUUCUGACGACGCCGUGUUACCCACAAAACUACGGCAACUCCGCCAGCUGCCGCUGGAUCCUGCGGGCUCCGCCGGGCUUCGCGGUGCAGAUAUCCUUCGAGGACUUUGAGCUGGAGGAGGCGCCGGGGUGCAUCUACGACCGUCUGGUCGUCGGCACGGGGAGCGGGGAGGUCAAGUUCUGUGGUUUGACUGCCGCGGGCCUGGUGCUCAACUCCAGCGGCAACGUCAUGGAGCUCCGCUUCACUUCUGACUUCAGCGUUCAGAAACGAGGCUUCAAGAUCAGCUUCAGACACGUCGUCGUGGCAUUGAGAAAUCAGAAGGUGAGCAUCGUCGGCGACAACGUUCCGGCGGCCCAAGUAGCGUCUUCCAUCGUCGUGCCGACGCUUCAUCACCUGACUCUUUGCUUGGAGAUGGAGCGCAGCGGGCCGCCGCAGCAGGCGGAGUGGAUCUUCACGUACCUCGACGCGGACGGGAAUCCGGCGUUGGCUCUAGGCGCGGAAAACGGCCGCGUCAGGCUGGUUUUGGAGGGCGCCACCUGCUCGCUGGACUCUGUCGUCACACCGGCGGACUGGACCACGUCCAUGAGCGGCUUGUGCUUGCUGUGGGCGUCGUCCGGCGGCCGCGUGGGCAUCUACUUCAAGGGCGACCAUUGGACCAAGACCUGCUCGGACUCAGCCGGCCUCUCCGUAUCGGGCGGUGGCACCUUUCGCCUCGGAGGUCCUAGCGGCUUUCGGGGUAACGUGUACAACGUCCGCCUUUGGAACUACGCCAUGACGGUGCGGCAGCUAGAGGCGCUCACCUGCCACGCGGCGGGAAAUGUCAUCGACUGGGACAACGGCUUCUGGGAUGUACCGCCCGCCCUGGCCCGGACCGACUCUGCCCUCAGCUGCGGGCAGCAGGUGGAAAAGACUGUGAGCAGGAUGGUGCUGGUCUCGCAGGAUGUUGUGCACUCUUCUCAAACAGCGAGUGGAGUAGAUGGUGCUGAUCUCAGGGAGAGUCAUUCCUAUGAUUCUCCCGGCAGCUUUCACCACGCGCUGGAGCGCCUGCUGCUUCCUCAGGUAAUAGAGGCGUUGUUGUGCCUUACCCACCGCUGUGGAGAUGUGGUCCCCCCAGGACAGGUCCUCAGUCACUGUUACCCCCAGGAAUUUGAAGCUUCUCACCCUCUCCACCACAUCGUUGCCGAUAGUAAGAGGCUGAUGGAUGAUGUGACUCCCCUUACGGAAAUCCACCACGACCUCCUUGUCCGUUUCAUCGUCGUUGGAGAUGAGUCCGAGCACUGUGGUGUCGUCGACAAACUUGACGAUGAGGUUGGAUGCAGAGGAGGCGGAGCAGUCAUGAGUGUACAGGGUGUAAAGCAGAGGGCUCAGGACACACCCUUGAGUGGACCAGCUUAUCACCCCUCGCCUGCUAAGAGUCGCGUGACAACUUUAUUUGGCCAUUCAGGUACGACCCCGCAAGGCGACGACCCGCUCCACACCAACUGCGACCGGGCUCACCAGGAAUGUCCACCAGAUGAAGUGAUGACGGUCACCCUCCUUGUGUUGUCUCUCCUGGCCACGUUCGUUCCCGCAGCCGCUUCCUCCCCCGCUGAUGCCACUAACAUCAUCCAUGCUACUAAUGCAACAAACGCAGAAGGUCGACACAGGUUCCUCACCAAUCGCGGGAUUCGCUGUCUAACACGUUACAAUGUUUACGAAAUCGUGAUCAAUGAUAGGACUGAUAACGGUUGUAGUCCGGGACUGUUUUUAAUGAUGGCUAUUGUUUACUUCCUGUCACGUGUGCAUGGCUGGCACCGCUUCCUGGGGGCAGCGUCUACGCAGCAGCACGUCCAGUCUGUUAGUGAACGCCACCAUCUACCACCUGAGCACGCGGCCCCACCGCCUGCAAGGACCCAUGUAUACCUGGUCACGGACGACAAUGUCACGCCGGCACCUCCGACCCCCAGGCCGCCCGUCUCCUUGCCCCGUUCGUCGUCCUUUCUGGGAAAGGUCCCCACGCGGUCCACAAAGACUAGUUCCAUCGAUUUGCGGAGCCGGCGGAUGCGUGUUGGUGUUUUUGCUUCCGUAGCCCCGAAAGUUCCUCCUCAGGGCCCUCCCCCUUUGAGGCACCCACCCGCUCCGCAAAUAUCUGAAGCCGCGCCCUCUUUAGUGCUCGGUCCACCCCCUCCCCGUCGGCCAGGUGGGCGGAGGCCUUUCCUGGCAUUGGUCUCCACCCCGCUCAUCUCGCAGGGCGGUCGCCGGCCAGGCGGUUCCCGGCCGAGCCAUCGCCAGCCAGAGGCUACGGGACUCCCGCCGAGUUCUGCCACGCUCAUUGCCAAGCCUGUCCAGCCACAAGCUUACUCCGUCGGCGUUGCAGCAAAAACAGGAACGGGGGACUUCAGAACAUCUACUGUCUGGAGGGUGACGAGCACCUCCCCCGGCUGGACCGAUCCUGUGACUUCUGAGAACUCUUUAUUUCCGCCGCGCCGGCCGACACCUAUUCUCCACGUCUCGAACCCGAAAGAUGCGAUCGGAAGCUCAUCGGCUCCUCCUUCGAUGUCGACUCUUCAUUCCCUAGUUUGGCCCAAUUUACCCCCGGCGCGCGUCAGCAUCUUCGAGGCUUCUCAGGCACGGCCGAGCAGGAACUUUGGAACUUUUCCGUUCCCCACACCUGAAAGUGGGUUUGUCCCCCCACGGUUUGAUGGGACGUCUGCGGCGACAGUUCGCUCCCCUUGGCUUUCUUAUGCCACGAGCGGCGGGACGAAAGAUUCACCCGACACGGGACGGGACGCGGGACUGUGGACAACUAGCAUUCAGUUUCGCACUGCGUCCUACCUGCGGACUUCGGGCUACAAACACUUUACGGGCUCCUCCCGCCGCCCGGUUCUUCCACAUUUUACCCCGACUCUUCCUCCUCUGCUGAGUCUUCCCCUUCCUGGUGUGUCACCUCUUGGUCACGUGACCACUCCACCUCCUCAUACCUCUCCUCAUCAUGUGACCCCUCUGCUCCCUGAUUUGAGUCUCCUUUCUCAAUUACAGUUGCCGCCUCCUAAUUUGACUCCACCCCUCUCUCAUUUGACUCCUCCGCUUAAUCGACCGACGACCCCUGCUCUGACUCCACCCCCUACACGCCUCUCGGCCACAGGUUCUCCAGUUUUUCCCGCUCUUACGUCGGCCACGCCUCCUCAGAGAGACUCGACUUCACGUCGGUUGACAAACACCGGAUCUUCCUCCUCUGCACUCCUGCCACCGAGCCCCUGGCCUACCCACGUGCGCCAUCCCAUAAACGACAUUGCUGCAGGGCUUUGGGGGGUGUGUCCUCACAAGCACGAUUGGACGCGGGACAAGGCCACGUUCUACAGACUGGCCGUGGAGGUGCACGACCAGAGCUCCACCCUAACUCCAGCUGACGUUGAGGAAGCGGUGACCUAUUGGCUGAACGAGACUUUCCACAACUGGACUCGCACCGCCUCCGUGGACCGGCUCAGAUUAGAACUCAUGGCUGCGUCGUACGAUGUUCACUUCGAGCUGUCGCGCAGCUUUUUGUGCCGCGCACUGCUACGCCACGGCGAUGCGAGCGACAACAUCGUUGAUGUCCCCGCAGCGGUCCGGGACAGGAUCUACGGUGGUGACCCUCACAUCGGAGCCGGCCUGGAGGUCCACGCUCACACGUUACACAUCAGCCCCUUGGAGAACUGUCCAGAAGACGACACCAUUCACUACCGCUGGCCUGAGAGUCGGCCCAGUACGUCCCACUUUCUGCCUUGCUUCCCCAACAAGGAACAGAGUGCCACCCGCAGCUGCUUAAUAAACCUUAGCAACUUUUCAUCGGUCUGGUCACCCGCCGACUUCAGCAACUGCACCGACAUCGACGCCAUCCAAGUGUCAGCAGAGAACGCAGCAGAGGUGGCCGCGCAACUGGCCGCCAUCGCCGACAAUCAGUUGUCCCGGGAGGAGGUGUCCAAAGUGGUGGGCAAAGUGCAGCAGAUUGUAGACGUGGCCAACAUUAACACCAGCUUGGCAUCCGCCGUGGUCGCCGUCAUCUCCAACGUGAUGAGCAGCCCCCACAGCGCUCUCGCUCACGCCUCAGACAGGGCGUUGAAGGCGGUGGAUCAUCUUUUGGGCAAGUUGCAGUUUGAAGGUUCCAGCGUCACCAUUAGGUCCAAACGUCUGGCUUUGGGGGUGUCGGCCUUCAACGCGUCCGUCUUCAACGGGACGUCCUUCAGCGCUUUUAUCCCGACAAAUUCCACUGACCCACAGAUUGACUUCAAAUCAGAACGAAGGAAUUCGCUGGCACGGAUCACGCUCCCGCCCUCGCUGCCGUUGGGGUCGGAGGACUCGCCGCCGACACGCAUCAACUUUAUGUUCUUCGGCACUGCCAGUCUCUUUCAGAUGGAGCAGGACGGACGGGCGCUGGUCAGCUACGUGGUGGCGAGCAGCGUAGGAAACCGCAGCAUCAGAAACCUGAGGGAUCCUGUGGAGAUUCACAUCGCUCAUCUGUCACCUCAAACCAUCCUCAGUCCAGUCUGCGUCUUCUGGGACUUCAGCAUGAACGGUGGCUCCGGAGGCUGGAAUGGCGCAGGUUGCCGCGCGUCCAAGGAAUCUGGCAUCAACAGAACGGUUUGCCUGUGCGACCACCUGACGCACUUUGCCGUCCUCAUGGAUAUUUCCGGAGUGUCGCCGCACAUCGAUCGGCGUAACAACCGCAUCCUGACCUUCAUCACGUUCAUCGGCUGCGGCGUGUCGGCCGUCUUUUCGGCCGCCACGCUGCUCACGUACGUCGCCUUUGAGAAGUUGCGUCGAGAUUACCCGUCUAAAAUCCUGAUGAAUUUGAGCGCGUCGCUACUGCUCCUCAACCUGAGCUUCCUGCUCAACGGCUGGUUGUCGCGGCACCGUGGCGAAGCCCCGUGCAUCGUGGCGGCCGCCCUGCUGCAUUACUUUCUGCUGACCUCGUUCACGUGGAUGGGCCUGGAGUCGGUGCACAUGUACAUCGCGCUGGUCAAAGUCUUCAACACUUACGUGCGCAGAUACAUCCUUAAGUUUUGCCUCCUGGGCUGGGGCAUUCCCGCCGUGUUGGUGGUCUCGGUCCUGGCGGUGGAUAAACGCUCCUACGGACCCCAGGAGUAUGGCGGCGGAACCUUUGGUGAAGGAUCAUCACAUUUCUGCUGGAUCCGAAACGCCGUGGUGUUCUACGUGGCCUGCGUGGCCUACUUCUGCCUCAUCUUUCUGCUCAACGUGGCAAUGUUUGUGGUGGUCAUGCUGCAGAUCUGCGGACGCAACGGCAAACGAGGAAGCCGCACGCUAAAAGAGGAGGUGUUGCGCAACCUUCGCAGCGCGGUCAGCCUUACUUUCCUGCUCGGGAUGACUUGGGCCUUCGCCUUCUUCGCCUGGGGGCCGGUCAGCCUCGUCUUUGUUUAUCUCUUCGCCAUCUUCAACUCGUUGCAAGGACUUUUCAUCUUCCUCUUCCACUGCGCCCUCAAAGAGAACGUUCAGAAGCAGUGGAGACGCACGCUUUGCUGCGCUCGCUUCAGACUCUCCGACAACUCGGAUUGGAGCAAAACAGUGAGCAACAAUACCAAGAAAGCCACCUCGGAGCAGGCCGGGCAGUCCUCGUCAUCGGGCUCUUUUGCCUCCAGCGCCGCCAACUGGACAGCCAAGGCCAAAAUCACCCUCACACCUUUCAUCAACACAGAAAAAACAAAGGCGGAGCCCAUCUCCUCAUCAGUCCUUCCCGUCGGCCAGAUGAUCGACAAGGUCAAAGGUUACUGCUCGGCACGCUCCGACGGCUCCUAA